CGGAGAGACUCGGCGGCCAUGAUCGCGUAGUCGGUGCUGCCGCGGCCGCCGCCGUCGACGUGCAGUCAGUUUUUGAUUCGGCUACGCGACGCACGUUUAACCGCCGGCUGUUAUCCCCGGCGCAAUGAGCGAAGAGCGUGUCAUGUGACACGCGCGAGCGACGGUCGAGUUUGCACGUAACAUACAUUAUAAAAAGAAAAGAAGGAAAAAAAGGAGACAUAUCGCCGUUCGAUUGAUACACAAUAAAAUCGUAGUUUAUAUGCACGUCCAGUAUACACGUAUGCGAUGCAAGUUUAUCUUAUAUCGCGGUUCCUCUUAUCACGACGUCACACAACCUUCGCAAUGCACCUGGCGUAAACGCGUUAUUGAUAUUUAACCGGAAGUAAACCCGGUUCCCGGUAACGUUAACAAUACAGUGAAUUAAAUAUCAUCGACGACAACGCAAGUGGGAUUAACAUUGCAUAAAUUCAAAUUUUAAAAAAACUCGAAAAAAGAAAAUCGAUCAAUUAAAAUUCUAACCAAACACUUCCGUCAAUAUGGAAUAACAGUAAUAAUAAUAAUAAAAGAAUAAAAACGAAACGGCGAUAUAACAAAGGAAGAGCGGGGUUGCGAGGAGGAGGAGGGGAGAGGGAAGCAAAAUUUUUUCGCAACGCUAAAAUAUAUAAGACGUUCGCGGAUCCCGGCGACAUAUAGCCAUGGUCAGGGGGUAGAGGGGGUGACGCAGAGUCAGUAACCGUCGCCGAUAGGAGAUGGAAGAGGCGUGUUGCAUCGGACACCAUCACGUUGCAGGUAUCAGGGGAAGAAUAGAUGAUGUCGCGGCUGAUGGUUUGGGGUUGGCUGAUGACGGUUAUCUUGGUAUCCGUCAUCGUCGGCACCGCCGAUGCAGCAGCAUCAACGAGAAAUUGCGCGGAGGGUUGCGUAUGCGGCAUCGAUGCGAACGGAACGUCGGCUUUGUCGUGUUCGAAUCGAAAUUUCGGCGGUCUGGGACUGUCGGAGGACGUGGGAUUUGUUUCCCUUGUGAAUGUAAGAACGUCGAGUAUAAUAGCGACGAUUUUAACCCCGGCAAAGCGUCUGCGAAUGUUGACGUGGAGGAAAAGCGGCAUAGAGAGUUUAGAAUCGGGGGCAUUUCAAGGCGCUACGCUUCUCGAGCGAUUGGAUCUAGGUGACAACGAGAUCGCGUCGUUGGCCGGCAACGUGUUUAGAUCUUUGGCGAAUUUGACAUUUUUAAACCUAACGCACAACAGACUCGUCAGCAUCGACGACAACUGUUUUCAGGGUCUCGAAUCGCUCGAUGAACUUCACAUAGCUCGGAACAAACUGAGCGUCAUACCUUACCAACUAUUCUCACCGGUGAAACAUCUCCGCUACCUCAAUGUCGCCGGAAAUCGUCUAGUCUCUCUACCUGAUCACAGCUUCGCGCCCAACAAAGCUCUACGGGAGUUGAUACUGUCGAAUAACCGGCUGACCAGGCCGCCUUCCCAUUUGUUUUCCGAUCUUCGCAAACUCCGCUUCCUCGCUCUCGACGGCAAUGUCAUCCACCAUAUUCCCCGGGGCUUCUUCGCCGACCUCGAGAAUCUGGAGAGACUCGACCUCGGCGAUAAUCCGAUCGCCAAUCUUUCGAACGUCGCGUUUCAAGGGCUGGCCAAUCUUCGCUGGCUGAGCCUGGCGAGGACUCAGAUAUCCUCGAUACCUCGCGACAUAUGGAAACCGGUCAGCGGUCUGGAAUCGCUGAUAUUGUCCGGUACAAAAAUCGAGGAGAUACGGGAUGGGAGUUUCGCCGGUUUGUCGAACCUCCAGAGCAUCGUUGUGAGCAACGCCUCGCUCCGGGAUUUCGCCUCAAAGGCGUUCGAGGACACGCCGGCUCUUCGGAAACUCGACAUGAGGCACAACAACCUCGCCUUCCUCCCGGCCUCCCUUGCGUCCCUUCCUCUGGAGGAACUGGACCUUGCGAAUAACUCGUGGGCGUGCGACUGCCGCAUGUUUUGGUUUGUAAAAUGGGCCGAGAGUCACGAGCACACGGCCGCCUUCGAGACGGGACUGAAAUGCGGGACCGAAACCGUCGACAACGGCGACAUGCUCUUCACCCUUCGUUACCUCAACUGCACAGCCCCUACGUUGGCCUUCGCCACUUCCCCGGCCGAGUACGUUCUUCUCAGCUCCGUGCUCCUCGAGUGCGAGUUCAACGGCAACCCGGCUCCCUCGAUAACCUGGGUCACCCCGAGCCUGCGGAUAUUCCACUGGAACCCGGAUCCCUCGUUCCCCGACGCCUUCGUCAGUCAUCCCGCCUCGCACAGGGCCGACGUAAAGACCGUCGACGACAGGGUCAGGGUGCUCGAUAACGGCUCGUUGUACAUCGAAAGGCUGCUACGCGAGGACGUCGGCGUCUACAAAUGCUUCGCGGUAAAUCCCAUAGCCAACGCUACAACCUACGUCACUCUUCACAUGGAUCGGAUCACCUACUACGAGACAAAAAUACUCAGCAUCGCGGUCGGCGCUGCGUGCGCGGCCGGAUUUCUCAUCAUCACUCUGUUCGUACAGUUCCUUCGGUACCUUUUCAACAAAUGCGGAUGCGAGCGUUGGUGCUGUUGCUGCAAGAAGGUGGGUGUCACGCCUCGUGCCAAACAGAUACACCAGAUGCUCGACAAUAUAGAACAGUACAAAAGUCAGCAGCUAGAAAGGCUGAGGGAGAAUUACACCCAGCAGGUGCACAGAAUAAAGGAUAAUUGCGCCGAGCAGGUCGAAUGGAUACGGGACAGCUACGAGGGACAGAUGCGUCACAUCAGAGACAUUCGCGAUUACGGAACCAGCCAUCUGACAGCACUUCGCGGACAGUACUACGAUCAGGUGAAACGAGUCCGAGAUUAUUCAACGGGUCAACUGAACUGGGUCCGAGAGAAUUACGUCUUCCAGCGGAACAAGAUACGUAAAUUCAGCGCGCACCAAGUGCUCCGUUUCCGGGAGAGUUACAAAUACCAGCAGCAGACGUUGAACAAGGUAUUGGAAAACCUGCCGAGUCUUUACCUCGACAAUUGCAGAAGCGGUUCUUGCGGCAAGAGUGACUCGAUAGUGUUCGACCCCAACGACAUUACCGGUAUGGACACGUACUUCAAGGCGAAAAUAAACAAGCUGGUGGAGGGUGGAGCUAGCUUGGACGACAUAAACAGCGUCUACUAUACUCCGACCGAAAUAUCAGAAUCCACAAGCCCUCAGGCCACCAGUGGAUUGCAGGACGGUCUCCAUAUCAAUUACAUAGAACACGGUCCUCCGCCCCCGAUGCAUCCGCCCCUAGAUAUAUCGACAUUUUCAACUCCCGUUCGCGGAUUGAGGAAAUUCUCGUCGAGCUGCGAACGCGGCGACGGCACCGACGCUCCAGUCUUUCGCGGUGCGAGUGCGGGGGCGUUGGCCGGGGAGCCACGCGACAUCGUCGAAGGCCUUGGACUGUUGUCGAGUGGUACCAGCCUGCCUGACAUACCACGGGAAACUCGGCUCUAGGACGAUCAUCCGGGACGACUGAAAAGGGGCGAAGUACGUCGUGCAGACGGUAAUAAUUACGUUACCGCGGACGAUACGAUCCUCGGGCGGUUAAUCGGUGCCAAGGUUGUCUCCGGAUGGAUUUGCGGUAGUAAUCGAAACAGAAGAGGUCGGAGACUUUGUGAUGAUUAUGAUUAUAUUCGUGAUACGAAAAGGGACUGAAAUUCGUAUAUUAUUAUUACUUUUUUUUUCUUUUAUUUUGGUUUUCCAAGUUUUUUCCGUCAUGUGCGCGCGGUGUGAGGAAUAUACUUUCAGCUUCGAUUUGUAUUUUGUUUUAUUUUUUAUUUAUUUAUUUUUUUUUUCGAUCUGAUUCAGUCAAUUUCUCGCGCUCGUUUGUGUUUUCAAUUAGAGUACGAAAAGUAAUGUUUGCAAUAUUGAGCUCAGAAAUGAGCGGUGAAAUAACAAGUGUGGGAAUGAAAAAUUAAUAAAUAAACAUGAAAAAAAAAGACGGAUACAAAAUAAAAGAACGAAGAAAAUAAUGGUUUGCGAAAAUGUAAAGGAGAACGUAAUUCGAGGAGCAAGAAAUGAAGAUGCUGUUCAAGUCGAGUGUGAGAUUAAUACCUAAUGCGGCAGUUACCUGCGAGACAGUUCUUUUCAUAUAAAAACGGAUUUUGCAUGGAGUGCCAAUAAGAGACCAUACAUUGCAGAAACUGAGGACAAAUAGGUAAUUGAAGGAAGUAUGAAGAAUAAAUAAAUAAAUGAAUGAAUUAAUUAAUUGGAAACGUCAACACAAAAUAAUAAUAAUAGAUUAAUAAAUGAAAUUGUAAAACAAGCAGUCGAUUCUCGAUACACAGAGAACGGUUUGUAAGAAUAAACUUUACAUGUGUGAUAUUUUGUAUAUAAAUGUAUGGACCCUGGAGUUUUGAUCCGAACAAUCUUUGAAAUUUGAAGUGGAAUACAUUAAUGAUGUUGUUUCUGCCUCGAAAAGACAUUAAAAAAUAUGUUAAUUUUGCAAUUAAAGUGAAAAAUGAAGAAAAAAAAAUCGAGCUGCCACAUAUAUAUGGUUUUGAUCGGUGAACUUAAAAUACUUCGAGAAAAAAAAAAAAGAAAAAAAUUACCAAAGAUUCCACAGGAAUCAUGUGAGUUCAAGUAUAAUGACUCUUCAGAUUAUUCGAAUUGAAACUCCUUAUAUUUGUGUAGAGUUGAAUCGCAAUUAAAAUAUACAAUAUCAAAGUUUCAUUUAUAAUCAUCCUGCAGAGAGUCAAUGUAUCGAUUAUAACUAUCUAUCAUCGAGUUGGAAAAAAAAAACCGACCGCAUGCAGUAUUAUUGUUGAUGACUUGAACUCUUCACUAUUAAACGAUUUCUAUAUGAAACCUUUACAGAUAACAUAUUUAAUAUAUUUGUAUCUCACGUAUAACAGUGUCAAUUUCAAAUAUAUGCAUACUUAUGGGUAUAUGUAAACGUUAGAGUGGUUCUUAUGUAGGGCUCGGGCCAAUUUUUUAUCAGACGCCCCCCGAAUCGACUCCAAAUAAUUUGAAAACAAUUCCCUAGUUUUCUAUUCUUUUUUUAUUUUUUUUUUUUUACAGAUUUUUAUCUCAACUAUAACUCCUGCACGUAAGGAGGUUGGAUUUCCCCAUUAAAAAUACACGUGGCUAUAUUCUCAGCAUAUAUUUUAUUGUAAGUGUAAUAAUUUUCAAAACAUUUGGUAACUGCGAGAUUUCAGUGGGCAUUAAUGCUACUAUCUGAUAAAAAAUUCGCAUCGUCAUACCAGGCAAAUUAGACGAAUUGCACGCCCACCAAAUGAAAAAAAAAAGUCAGAUUUAGAGGGUCUGUAAUUCGACUAGAUUACCUGGAAUGAUGAUGUGAAUGUUUCAUUCUGUAGUUCACAGAUAAUUUUGAAAAUUAUUGCUUUAACUUACCAUAAAAUAUAUUUUGAGAUUAUAAUCGAAACACGUGUAUUUUGAAUAGGAAAAUUCACCCUCUUAUAGGGAGGGGUUAGAAUUGAGAUAAAAAUCUGGAAAAAUUUGACUUUUUUUUUUUUUUUGAAUUAUCGCGAGUCGACGUGGGGGGCGUCUGAUGAAUAAUUCGUUAUAGUCCUAAAUCGGCGCCACCCUAGUAUACAUAUAUACACACAUAUACGUAUACGCAAGGUCAAAGAUUCCUAUACACUCAAGUCAAACGUAAUCGAUUCCCAUGUAAAAAUAAACAAAAAAAAAAAUUUGGAAACGCGAAUGUGUCCAGCGAGCUAUUGACUUUACACUUUAAAUUAUCCUCGGGUCUCGAUUUACUGAUUUCGACGCUAUAUCGAAAUUAAUAAUCCAUCUCCUGCAUACGUUCGUGAGUUUCGUCUAUUUUACUGCUUAAGUAUAUAGGCUAACUUUAUGUGUCAGUGAGAAAAUAAAAAUAAAAUGGGCCCCCGUUGUUUAGUCUACAGGCUUCCAGAAAUUUCAGUUACGCGAUUUGUUGCUGCGUAGUUGGUAAACAACGCGGGAUUUUUUUUUUUUUUUUUGGUAGUUCGAUGUUUUAAUUUUUAAUAAUUGUACGAUUACAAAUAUAGUAAUUCGUAUGUUGUUCUAUUGAAUAAUGAAAUUAGUACAUAUAUAUAUAUAUUAUAUGUAUAUAUAAAUAAAUAAAUUAGAAAAAAUGAUACGGCAAAAGUACCUAAAAAGAUUGUUUUUUCACUGUGCUAUGCACAUAAAUAAUUGAAUAAACAAUCAAUUCAACAAGUUAACCAUCUUAGAUGGGUUUUUCUUCAAUGUUUUUAAGGAAAGAAAAAAACUAGAUCGAGAGAAAAAAUUACAAUUAUAAGAUUGAAAUAAAUUACGGCUUUCAGUAUGUUCGAUAUCACGAUACAUUCCACUGUCUGUGAAAAAACUAUCGUGAUAUAUUGUGUGACAAAUUCAUCUAGAGAAUACUAUCAAGUACCACAAUGAUGUAUUGUUGUUAUAGCUCUUUGCAUACAAAAACAACAGUUUUGAUAUCUCCUCGAAAUACCAAGACUCAACAGAUAGGAAUAUUGAAAAAAAAAAAACCAUGUCAAUUCUUCGAAUAUGUACGCGAUUAUGCAAAAAAACAAAAUUUCCGUAUUCUUUUCUACUCGUUAUUUUUACAAAUUUACCGUGUAAAGCAUAAAACAUAAUAGUUUACCGAUAAGAUUUAUCACCCUAUUAUAUUUCCGAUAAAAUGGUAAAAAAAAGCCUACUUUUGUUUAAUUUUUAUUAUUCCCGUGAUAUAUCGGAAAAUAAUUCCUAUAAAUACGUGCGAUUAAAUUCUUAUCAUCGUUUAACGAGCAUAACUAUAUAACAGCCAUACCUACGCGUGUUUAGCGUAACGUGAAGUAGAAAAAUUUGUCCAAUGUAGUAUCGAAAGUUGCAAUUAUAGUUAUACAUAAUAUGUAGUAAAAAAUCAAUUAAAUGGUGUAAACUGCGUAUACAAGACAAACAGUCGCUUUGAUAAUAAUAUUUUUUUGCAAGAACAAAAAAAAUUAAUAAAUAAAUAAACAACAACAAAGUCCAGAAAUUGACUAAAAGUUACUAUAUGUCAUAUAUAUAUAUAUAUAUACAAACACACACACCCGUACAUACUUAGUUAAUAUAACUGUACAGUAAAUUUAGACACACGCGCGCACACGCACACACUCACACAAUAAAAAAAUUUUAUGGACUGUUCGCGUACCUAAGAUUGUUAUGUAAAAACAAAAUAAAGAGUAGAAGGAAAAAAAAAAAUGGUUUCAUACGUUCAAUGGUACGUUACGUUAUUUUUUAAUAAUCCGUUAUCAGACUUAUCGCUCCGGAGUGUUCCUUUGGAAAUCGAGAUUACACAAUAUUGAAAUAUAAUUUCGUCACAUGAACAGAGCCGCUCAGCCAACGCAGACCACACAACAUUAUCAUUUGGUUGGUUUUAGAAGUACGGAUUGAAAAAAUAAAUAAAUUAAAAACAAUCGUACAGUUUUUGAUAGCGAACGGAACCAAUGAAAAAAAUCAGGUAGGCAAAAAAAGCUACAAAAAAAAUGAUCGAGGCUUAGUUUCCUUUGAGCAAGUACGCAUAAAGAGGACUCUAAUAAUUCUACACAACUUUCAUAAGAACGGGUGUAAUACGUAAUUAUCAGAGUUCCACAAUCAAAUGGCAGAGAAAAAUGGUCCUGUACUAAGCUUUCAAGAAAUCACAUGUGUGUGAAAACUCAACACAUACACAUAUACGCAUAUGUAUACAUAUAUAUAUAUAAAUACACGAAAAAAAUAAAUAGCUAAUCGAUUAAGAAUUCCAUUAUACCUACGUAGUAACACCAAUUUAAUAGAAGAUGCGAACUAUUUAAAUGCAUUAGAAACUUCGCAUACGUAUGGACUCGAUACUGCAGAUCGCAAUUAACGCAAUUAUGUACGUUAAUUGAUAUGUUAGAUAUACAAUGAUUGUACACGUGGGACUAAUCUCACAGUGUUACAAGUAUCGCAAAUGUUUGUGCUUACUGAAAACCAUAUCUACCUCCUUUUAGUUUACACGACGCGAUUUCUAAAUCAGACAUGUUUCAUUUUCCAUUUCGAAGAUUAUCUAUAGCAAAGAAUGCCGAAAACACGGAAAGAAUUCAGCAUUAGAAAAGAAUUGAUAAAAAUCAGAACCAGAGUCCAACUGUUUCCUUUCAGUCUUAAACUUCUUCGACAGUACAGUGACUUACGGUAUUUUUAGAAACUUCAUUGUUACGCGCGGUUACAUCUUCCGGGGGUAGAACUUAUUUAGGUUACGCAUAAGCUGUUGCGUGCACAACGAGUUGAAAUUGCGAGAAAGAAAAAUUGAAAAAAUUCUGCUUCGAGAUCCGAUUACAUAGCUUGUAGGGAAAUUUGCAAUGGAAAAAAUCUUCACACGAAAUUGGAGAUGCUACCAAUUCCCCCCCCGACAAGAAAAAACGGAAGAAAAAGAAAUUGAUUAUCACUAUCGCAUCACUGUAUUGUCUGCCAUCAUGAUAUAUUGUUUUCUGAUUACUCCAGGCAACGUCUAAUAAACGAAUCGGAGAGCAAUUAUAUCUUUUGUAAGCCAAAUUAGUAAAAAUUCUAUGAAUAUCAAAAAUAAAUGAAUAAAUAUAAAUACUGUAAUAUGUAAUAUUGUAUAGGCAACGAAACUAUAUGUAUUUUAUGUAGGAAAAAAAAUUCAGAAGAAAUUAUUUAUCUCCGACUUCAAUGUGAGAACUUACAUAUAUUAUAUAUAAUAUUUUUAAUAAUAUAUAUUUCUUGUCCGUUGCAGCAUUAGCAGAUGUUUAUAGAUACAUAUGUAUAUGGGUUGAUUGUUUGUAUACUUUGUGCUGCGUGCUGCAGAAAAGUGUUCUAAAGAGGACAAAUUCUGGUCUCUCAUCUAAAUAAAAGUACAUCAAGUUUAAACAUAAAAUGGAAAAAAAAAAUUGUUAAAAUGGAAUUCAUAUAUACUAUAUAUCGUCGUAGCUGAAUAAAAAUUAGGGAAAAUGAACGAACGACAACACGAUCCUUGAUUAAUGCCAGUAUUUGUACUGUACAUAAUUUCCUCUCUCGAAAUUUCACGGUUGUCCAUUAUCGUUUUGUGAUUUAAUAAUUCUGCAGAAUACUUGAUGUAAUUGUCACAAAUUGUAUCAGUAGUGAGAUAAGAUGUUGAAAAAAUGGAAGUAGGUUGGAAGAGAAUUACGUAAGAACUACGUGGCGGAUAAAAAAAAGAAAAAAAAAUACUAGUCCGUGCAGAAACCGGACAGCGGAGAUCAAUAAGUUGGAACUUGUUUGUCUGUACGAAAAA